AUGCUCCUUUACUACUUGGCUGCAAUUUUUAAAGGCCUUCACCCGCGUGUUGAUGACGAUUUUGUCGACAAACUCAAUUAUCACUACACUUCUGCCAUUAUUUUUGCCUUCGCUAUAAUAGUAUCAGCAAAACAGUAUGUUGGUUAUCCCAUCCAGUGUUGGGUACCUGCUCAGUUUACCGAUGCUUGGGAGCAAUAUACAGAAAAUUAUUGUUGGGUGGAAAAUACAUACUAUUUACCUCUUACCAAUGCAUUUCCUCUCGAUUAUGGUGACAGGCGGUACAGGGCCCGUCAAGUUUCCUACUAUCAAUGGGUGCCUUUUGUACUGGCCUUGGAGGCGUUAAUGUUUUACAUUCCUUGUAUUAUGUGGCGGGGCUUGUUGCAUUGGCAUAGUGGCAUAAAUGUUCAGAGUUUAACACAAAUGGCGUGUGAUGCGCGGAUGAUGGAUGUUGACGCUCGUCACGCUACUGUGCGUACCAUCUCUGGACAUAUGGAGGACACCUUAGAAUUACAGCGUGAAGUAAUUAAAAAUUAA